GCAAUAGAAAUAUCUUUGACUGUGAAACAUCUUAGAUCUAGCAGAAAGCACGAAACCUAAUAAGCCUGUGGGUGUUUGUGUUAUUAUAUGAGACAUGGCUGUGUCUGUGAUUAGAAAUGUAUGUGGAUUAUUUAGAACAACGGUGUCUCAGACUGGCUGUCUGAGCGGUGUUCCCAUUCAUCUUAGACGUAAACAUGAUAAUGCAGCAGCUGCAGCAGAAACUAGGCCAACUGCUCGUAAAUUUGAUGCUGCACAACGUGCACAAUUGAGUGAUUAUGGCUGUUAUGUAGCAGAAUGUCUUCCAAAGUUUGUGCAGAAAGUCCAGCUGACAGCAGGUGAUGAACUUGAAGUAUUGAUUGUCCCAGAGGGUGUAGUUCCAGUUUUACAAUUCCUCAAGGACCAUCACAACGCACAGUUUGCCAAUCUUGUAGAUAUAGCAGGUGUUGAUGUGCCUAGCAGACAGUUCAGAUUUGAGGUGGUCUACAAUUUACUCUCACUUCGAUUCAAUUCACGUAUAAGGGUGAAGACCUAUACAGAUGAACUUACGCCUAUUGAUUCAGUGUGUGAGGUGUUCAAAGCUGCCAACUGGUAUGAGAGGGAGAUCUGGGACAUGUUUGGUGUGUUCUUUGCAAAUCACCCUGACUUGCGCCGCAUCCUCACUGAUUAUGGAUUUGAAGGGCAUCCAUUCCGUAAGGACUUUCCACUAAGUGGAUAUGUUGAGGUGCGUUACGAUGAUGAACGAAAGCGUGUUGUUGUCGAGCCACUAGAAUUGGCACAAGAGUUCCGUCGAUUUGAGUUGUCAGCACCGUGGGAGCAGUUCCCAAACUUCAGAGAGGCUCCAGCUGCUCAAGAAGAAAUACAGACAAAGGGUAGUGAGUCUGGAGAAGGGAAGAAGUAGGUUGGAAGAACUCAAAACAGCUCUUUGUUAGUAGCAUUAGUUUUAUAUGUUGAACCACUGUACAGUUGAAGUGAAAUAUAAUAAAUAUAUAUGUACACACACACAAA